AUGGAAAAGGCUAUUAGAGACCCAUUUGUCCCAUUAAUUAGGAGAAUAGCGAAAAAAGUGGAGAGAGGCAGGCGACAUGACGGUAAGCUGCCAUCUUAUUUUUGUGCUCCACUCGGCACUGACUUACCAAAGAGUCGCGACUUGGAUAGACCUACUAGUUUAGGCUAA